AUGAGGCCUCUAACCGACGUUGAGACGCAAACCCUCUUCAGCAAAUUGGCCAACUACACCGGCCGCUCGCUGACCCAAUUGAUUGCGCCCAGCGAUUCAUCUGACGACGACAAUAACGACCGACAUGUCUUCCGCCUGCAUGGGUCUCGAGUUUACUACGUUCGCCUUUCUAUUGCCAAUCUCGCGACCUCAAUUGCACGCGACAACCUCCUUUCGUUGGGCACUUGCAUAGGCAAGUUCACGAAGACGGGCAAGUUCAGGCUACAUAUUACCGCGCUGGAUGUGAUUGCGCCGCACGCCAGAUAUAAGUUGUGGAUCAAGCCGAAUGGCGAGAUGCCUUUUUUGUACGGCGGCAACGUCGUUAAGGCGCAUGUUGGUCGGUGGAGUGAAGAUUGUCCGGAACAUUCAGGCGUGGUGAUUCUGGCCAUGGAUGAUACGCCACUGGGGUUUGGGGUUACUGCACGGUCGACUGCUGAGGCGAGGAAGUUGGAGCCUACGUCUGUGGUUGCAUUUCGACAGGCUGAUGUGGGCGAGUAUCUACGGGAGGAGGAUACUUUGUUUACGACGUGA